UCGGAACUGGGCAGACUGGAGCGAGCACAGGCCAGGUUGAGAAGGACUCAGGUCGCUACAACACGGAGCUCCGUUCAUUUCCCGGGCCUCUCCUGGUCUAGGAAUGCGUCCGGGAUCUUUCCUGUUCUGCCCUCAGUCUCGGUGUGAGCCCUAUCUUUGAGAGACACUGCUGAACCUGUGAAAGAUGCCACUGCCACUACCUUCCCAAAGCUCCAACCCUGAGACUAAGAAAUCGCAGUCCAGCAAAAUUGUGCCCAGUGAUCAUGGCCAGUCUGAAAAGAGAGGGGAGAAUUACCAAGCAAAGAUUUCUUCAUCUUCACCUAAGAGACGAUGCAAAAAGAGAUCAGCUUUUGAAGAUCUCACCAAUGCUUCUCAAAUUCAGCCUGCCCAGCUCAAGAAGGAAGCCAAUAAGGAGUUUGUUAAGGAUGUUUCCAAGAAGAUAAAAGGGAACACACCUGCUCUUGGGUUGGCCAAAAACAAUGAGCUGAAUAAGGAAAGUUAUAAGCCAGAACCUUCACCACUAGUAGUUUCUACUACCCUGGUACCAAAUAUUAUGGAGAAACCACUAAGUCUGGAGAUACCUACCAUCUCUAAAACAACCACUACUGAGGAGGUAUCAUUUUUCAAAAAGCCAUUGAUUUUAAAAGAGGAACUCAUUACUGAGGACACAAGCCUUUUCAGGAGGUCAUUUUCUUUAAGAAAGUCCACAAAUCAGGGGGAGAUAUCCCUCAUGGACAGGCCACCAUCCUUACAGGGGGAGGCUGACAGCAAUGAUGAGUUUGUUGUAGAGCCAAUGACUUUUGGGAAGAAGCUUAAGACUGAGGAGGCAGCCAUCACCAAAGGAACAUUAUCCUUAAAGAAGAUGAGCACAUAUCAGGGGGACUUGGCUUUGCAGGACAUCACUUUUGAAGAGAAUUCCUUCAUUAUGGAGCCAACAAACUUUAGAAAGAAGCCUAAAACAGAGGAGGCAACCUCCAUCAAGAAGGUGUUCUCUUUAAAGAAGAACAAGUAUACCACUCAGGGGAAAGUGUCCCAUAUGAAGAAACCACUAGUGUUGCAGAAGACCACUUCUGAAGAGGAGUCUCUCAUUGAGGAGCCACUGACUUUCAAUAAGAAAGCUACCAGCAAGGAGGCAGGCUUCAUCUUGAGGCCAUUAUCUUUAAAGAAGAAGUGUACUAUUCAAGGGCAGAUGGAUCACUUGAAAAAUCCAUUAGAAUUGCAGAAGACUAUCUCUGGAGAGAAGAAACUCAUUAAAGAGCCAUUGUCUUUUAAAAAGAAGCCUACCUCUAAGGAGUCUCUCUUCCAGGAACCAGCUGCAUUGCAAGAGAAGCACACCACUAGUGGGGAGGUGGUCCUCUUGAAGAAGCCACAGGCAUUGCAGGAGGAGGACACUAAGGAUAAAUUUCUUAUGGAGCCAAUGUCCCUUAGGAAGAAAUGUACUACCAAGGAGACAAAUCCCACCAAGAAGUCAUUACCUGUAAAGAAGUGUACCAUUCAGGGGAAGAUGUAUCACUUGAAGAAGCCACUAGUAUUACAAAAGACCACAUCUGGAGAGAAGUCAUUCAUUAAGGAGCCCUUGUCCUUUAAAAAUAAGUCUACCACUGAGGAGGAGUCUCUCGUCAGGGAAUCACCUGUGUUCAAAGACAAGCAUACCAUGCAGGGGGAGGUGGCUCUUUUGAAGAAGCCAGGGGCAUUUCAGGAGAAUGUUGAUGGUGAAGAUGAAUUUCUUAUAGAACCAGUUCCCUUUAGGAAGAAAGGUAUCAGAGAUGAGGCGGUCUCUACCAAGGAACCUUUAUCUAUAAAGAAGAAAAAGUGUGCCAGUCAAAUAAUGAUGUCCAUCUGCCAAGAACUGUUGGACUUGCAGAAUAUGAUUAGCAAAGAUAAGGAUUCUUCCUUUAUGGAGCCAGUGUCACUUAGGAAGAAGUCUUCAACUGAGGAGACAAUCCUUACCAAGACACCGUUAUCUUUAAAGAAAAAGCAAAUCACUCAGGGGAGAAUGUCCCUCUUAAAGAAGCCACUGGUCUCAGACACCACCUCUGAAGAAGAGUCAGUCUUUAAGAAGCUAUUGCCCUUUAAUAAAAAGUCUGUAACUGAGGAGGAGCUCCUCUUCCAGGAUCCAUCUCUUUUGAAAGAGAAGCACACCACUCUGCAGGAGGCGUCCCUCUCAACUAAGCCACUGGCCUUGCCAGAAAAGACCACCACUGAAGAAUUGUAUAUUAAGGAACUAUUGACUUUAGAGGAGAAGCCUACUACUGAGGAGGAAUUUCUUUCUCCAGAGCCAUUUUCAUUGCUUGUUAAACCUACCAACAAAGAUGAGUCCCUCUUCUGGAAGGCUUUGGGUUUGCAGAAGACUGAUACCAAAGAGGAUUCCUUGAAGGAGCUGUUGGACUUGCAGGAGAAAAGCACUACUGAAGAGGAAUCUCUUUUAAAUAAACCAUCAGUUCUGAAGGAGGAAGUCUCCACUGAGGUGGCAACAAGCACUGAGGAACAGUUAUCUUUAAAGAAGAAACCCAUUGCUCCGGGGGAGGUGUUCCUAUUGAAGAAGCAUUUGGCCUUGCAAGAGCAUAUCACCAAUGAAGAGUCCCAUAUUAAGCAACCACUGGCUUUUCAGAAGCCUAGCACUGAGGAGACCAUCCCAAGGGAGUCCUUGGCCUUGCAGGAGAAUCCCACAGUCGAGGAAGAGGCUACCCCGUGGGGGCCCUUGGCCUUGCAGGAGAAGCCCAGCAGUGGGAAGGAGACCCUCUUCAAGGAGCCUUUUCAGGAGAAACCUACCCUCAAUGAGACAAUCCAUGUCAAGGAAACAUUUGCAUUGGAUGAGAAACCCACCACUGGGAAGGAGUUGUCCCUAAAGGAGCCAUUGGCCUUGCAAGAGAAUACCACCCAAAAGGAAGAUAACUCUCUCAAAGAUUUCCUGAUCCUCCAGGCUGAAACCAGCUCACAUGUGUCCAGCAUAGCCCCUGAAUCCAGAACAGGCAUGUCCAGUGUGGGCAAGUUCAAUACCACAAGCACAUCCAGUGCUUGUGAAUCUAGUUCCAAUAAGCCUUCUUCAUCUUGGGGCAAGAAGUCACAGAAGGAGCAGAGAACCGCAUCGGAGGAUAUUGACAAUAACUACAGUGAUCCAUUUUUCAACCCCAUAUAUGCCAAGGAUAUCUUCAGUUACAUGAAGGAGAGAGAGGAAAAGUUCAUACUUAAAAAAUACAUGAGCAGGCAGACUGACAUCAGCAGUUGCAUGAGGGCCAUUCUUGUGGACUGGCUGGUAGAGGUGCAGAUGACCUUUGAGAUGAGUCAUGAGACCCUGUACUUGGCAGUGAAACUGGUGGAUCACUACCUUAUGGAGGUAGUAUGCAAGAGGGACAAGCUACAGCUCCUUGGUUCCACGGCAUUUCUGAUUGCAGCCAAAUUUGAGGAGUCCUGCCCACCUUGUGUGGAUGAUUUCCUAUAUAUCUGUGAUGAUAUUUAUCAGCGAGAUGAGAUGCUCACCAUGGAAAUCAGCAUCCUGCAAACUCUCAAAUUUGAUAUCAACAUUCCCAUCGCCUAUCAUUUCCUGCGCAGAUAUGCUAGGUGUCUCCGUGCCAGCAUGAAGACGCUGACUUUGUCUCGCUUCAUCUGUGAGAUGACUCUGCAAGAAUACGACUAUGUCCAGGAGAGGGCUUCCAAGCUAGCUGCUGGCUCCUUCCUCCUGGCCCUCUACAUGAAGAAGCUCGGACACCGGGCUCCUGCCCUGGAGUAUUACAGUGGCUACAAAACCUCUGAUCUUCACCCCUUGGUCAAGCAGCUAAACACCCUGCUGACAUUGCGUCCUUGCAACAAGCUCAAGACUGUGCAUUCCAAAUAUUCUCACCAGGUCUUCUUCGAGGUCACCAAAAUCCCCCCCUUGGACAUGUUGAAGCUAGAGGAGAUGCUGAACUACUGCUAAGUCUGAGGCUGAGGAGCUGGCGUGCUGGCAGCGGCCCCCAGGGCCAGGCAGGCAUUGAAAAAAGCUGUUAUUUAUUCUGUCUUUGAAUUUGUGUUUUGAUCACUUUUUUUUUUAC